AUGAAUCGACACUUCUUUGGGCCUUCUAAAGGGUUGCCCCUGGACUGCCUCAGCAGACGGCCCGAGGUGUACAUGAGGAGCGGCAUGCCCUCCUGGACUCAGGAUUGGACGGCCAAGAUCGUGGACGACGAGCUUUUUCUCAGGGUCAUCCACGUCUCGUAUAGGAAGGAUGACCAGAUGCCUCGAAAUACACGCCCAUGGCGAGAAAGACAAUACUUUUGCGCACAUAACAGAGCGCCCAAGAUGCGCCGUACCUAUAAAGGACCCGCGUUACUCCCAUGGGUCGAAAUCCGUCGUAUAGCCGGGGGACCCAACGGGUCCGAAGACAGUUACCGUACUGUCUAUUUCUCGUCUCCUGGCGUCCUGCAUUCUUGUACCAAAUGUUUGACAGACUUUUGCAUUUCCGUCGAGCAGAUUACAGAGCGCAAGCCGGCAAAGAACGUCGUCACUGCCGCCGAUGCGAGUACAACAACAACAACGGCCUCGAGUUCUGGGGCUGCUCAAGUAAACCACGGUACUGGCGUCUCCAAAAAGCCCGAGUUUCCAAUGCCAGGCACCUGGCGGAUUACAGUCACUGCCUAUCACCAGAUGGGUAGUUGCCGUACACCCAACGACCCAAAGUGGCAAGCCUUGGUACUUACUGAGAGAGACAAGUAUUAUCGAGACCACCAGGCAUACCCUCCUGGAUGUGUAAGGCGAAAGUGGGAACAGGCGAAUUGA